AUGCAUGCGAAAAGCAUCGCCUUCUCCCGCCUUCACACCCUCUCCGUCUUCACGCACCAGCGCCCGCCUACGUGCCCCCAUGUCUUACGUCCAUCCCCGCGGCAGAAAGAGACUCCUUCGGCGCAGACACGCUCAACGCCACGGCCUGUAAGCUCCCGCAUCGAGGCCUCGACUCGGCUUGGGGCUAGUCACUGGCACUCGAUAGUGCUUCGCGGGAAUCAUCGCAAUCUCGCUCCCUAA